AUGCUUGCCUUCAUACAUUUUAUCAGAACUCUCUUGUUUUUAUCCACCGCGUGUGCCGCUGCCACCGUGUCUAACAAUCACAACAUUCAAAACAAUCAAAACAAUCAAAACAAGCCUGAUCCCACUGUUCAACAAUGCGGACGUUCGUGGGGAGACUUUGCAAAGCUUGGUCCCGAUAGAAAAGGUUGUCUGACCUAUGGUUCAGUCCAUUACGACUGUGGAAAAAAUGAUUGUGGGAUUGGAGAAGCGCCAGCGCCUGGUGUAAAAUCCAGUAUUCCCAUUCCGCUCUUUUCUAAUUGUAGGAAGUACCUUGAUAAAUUUGGAGAUGACUCAAAACUCGACUCCAAGAAUAUCACAGCUUUGGCAAUGUCUUAUUUCUUUGAUUACAAGAACAAAUGGGUUCGGGUAAUUGGCUACGACUCACUACUCAAAGGGCCGCCUGCCGGCGACUUACCUGGGUACACGUGCCUGAUACCUGCUGACCCUCCAAAAGUCAUUGAAGUCUGUCGAAACUGUACACUCCUCCAUAACGCCACGUGGUGA